GUUGCGGUCGGGCGGCGGGAGGAGGGAGGAGGGGGGGGAGAGAGAGAGACAGCCCAAACAUGAUCCGGUCACCGGGCUAACGGUUGUCAUGUAACUGCUAGCUCGCCCCUGUUAGCUCUGUUUACACACGAAUUAGCAUGUGCGGUGGCUAGCUUGUUAGGGAAAAAGUAAAACAUUGCUGCUCGUGAACUCCAGAAGCUGAUUUCUUUCUUUAUUUCCGCUGAAUGUGUUUGAUUUUAGAACACGAGUGUAACGUGGGUACUGCUCUUCACGUUGCUGUAUUGUUUUGUUAGCUUUGCCCCCGAGCCCCUGCUCCUGUCUCUCGGUAAUGUGUUGAAUUUCUCACGGUGUGUUGGUAAACUUGGAGGCGUGGUGUAAACACAGCGCUCCUCCGUGAGAGCUGCAGUCAUUUUUGGAUCUCUCCAUCUGUGUCAGUCUCCAUGGUAUGUACAAUAACAUUGAUCGGAGUUCAGCACACGAGUUUGCGUAUCAUUCACUUUUCAUGUGCAGGUAAGAGGCUUCUUGGGGGGAAUCCAAUUCCAGUGCAUCAGAAAGUGUCUUAACCAGUCACGCGCCGCCCUGCCUGGUGUCCGGUUUCAUCUGCCCUUGUCUCUUGUUACCCUGCUCGGGCUGUAGGACACGUUUCCCCACUGCAUGUGUUUUUUAAACCCAGUGUCAGGUGUUUGCCAUUGUUGCACUCUUCUUCUCGGUUUCUUUCUGGCUCUCUGCACUCCGCUGCCUGCGAGCUGUAGCUGCAGAUAAGUGCCAGACCGAUAGUACACAGCACUGUAGAUUAUCCCAAGUGUCUGUCAGUGAGCGUCCCAAUGGCUGUGUGGCACAGAUGGCUCCAAUAGAGAGUGCUUUGUCUGAGGUUUGUGUAAUGAUGCGCUGUCGGAGAGAUUUAUCUCUAAAAACUUGGAAAGUUAAGCUCUUUUCAGUUGUGCCUUUGAGCUACAUGACAUACCCCCCCCCCCCCACACACACACUGAUAAUUUAGUGUAGUCAAGUGGAAUAUUUAUGUGACAUAACCAACGUAAAUUUAGCUAAACUUCCCUGUAUUUUUUGUUUUUGCAAACUAGUGCUUGCUGUGUGAUCUCCUCGAGAGUGGAUCUGCCGAGCUGUGAGCCCCUCUGAACGGCAGGAAGUCCCCUUCAGCAGCGGUGCGACGAUGACCGAGCUGCUUGCCAAGUGGGCCUGUGAAUACUGCACAUACGAGAACUGGCAGUCAGCCAUCAAGUGCACCAUGUGCCGAGCUCAGAGGCCCAGCGGGGGUGCUAUCAUUACUGAGGAACCGUUCAAGAGCAGCCCAGCUCUGGAUGCUAGUCUGCACCAGUGGGACCCUGCAGGACUCAGCAACAGCCCACCCCAGGGGGGCUCCAGCUUACUAAUUUGUCCAGACUCCAGUGCUCGACCCCGUGUUCGCAUUGCUGAUGUACCUGAGACAAGUAGCAAGUGGUCAUGCCACAUUUGUACUUACCUGAACUGGCCUCGGGCCAUCCGUUGCACCCAGUGCCUCUGCCAGAGGCUUCACGCUCAACAACAACAACAUAGGCAACAUGCCAUCCACCAAGGACAUCAUACCCAGCAGCCACGCAGCCCCACAGAGUCACCCCAGACCUCAGGCUCUGGAUUCCGUCCUGCUCCCUUGGCCACAACUACAGACCCCUGUGAGGAAUAUAAUGACCGUAACAGGCUUAACACUCACGUACAGCACUGGACCUGCACUGCCUGCAGUUGCGAGAACUGGGCCAAGGCACAAAAGUGUGUGAUGUGCAACCACCCCAGAGCAAAUAGUCUGCUAACUGAACCCAUCGAACUGGCAUCAAAGCUCGAGAGCCAACAACCUCCCACAAAACUUAAUGAACAUGGCAGGGACAACAGGAGGGGUGUUGCUGGGCACAUGGUGGGGCAGGGAAUAGGCAGCGUGGUAGGUGGGGUGGGCGGUUGUAGCAGCAGCCAAAGAAGAUCUCCACCGACCUCGAAACGGGAGUCGGAGAUGAACAUGGACUUUCAGAGGAUUGAAUUGGAGUCAGGGGCAGGGAUUGGCAGACAAGAGGAGCUGGAGGUGGAUUUCAAAAAACUGAAGCAGAUAAAGAACAGGAUGAGAAGGACUGACUGGCUCUUCCUCAAUGCCUGUGUUGGUGUGGUGGAAGGGGACCUGGCGGCUGUGGAGGCCUACAAGUCAUCAGGAGGUGACAUUGCACGACAGCUAACAUCAGACGAGGUGCGCUUAUUAAAUCGGUCCUCUGCAUUUGAUGACGGCUUCACGCUGGUUCACCUGGCCAUCCGCUUCCAGAGGCAGGACAUGCUGGCUGUGCUACUCACGGAGGUGUCCCAACAGGCAGCCAAGUGUAUUCCAGCCAUGGUGUGUCCGGAGCUAACGGAGCAGAUCCGUCGUGAGGUCGCUGCCUCUCUUCACCAGCGCAAGGGAGACUUUACCUGCUAUUUCCUCACGGACCUGGUGACCUUCACCCUGCCUGCAGACAUUGAAGACUUGCCACCAGCAGUUCAGGAAAAACUGUUUGAUGAGGUGCUGGACCGAGACGUACAAAAAGAACUUGAAGAGGAGUCUCCCAUCAUCAACUGGUCCCUGGAGCUCGGGACGAGGUUGGACAGUCGGCUCUAUGCCCUGUGGAACCGCACGGCCGGGGACUGUCUGCUUGACUCCGUGCUGCAGGCCACAUGGGGCAUCUACGACAAGGACUCGGUGCUUCGCAAGACCCUCCAUGACAGCCUGCACGACUGUUCCCACUGGUUUUACACCCGCUGGAAGGAGUGGGAGUCGUGGUAUUCUCAGAGCUUCGGCCUGCACUUCUCACUGCGGGAGGAACAGUGGCAGGAAGACUGGGCUUUCAUCCUCUCCUUGGCCAGUCAGCCAGGAUCCAGCUUGGAGCAGACCCACAUUUUUGUUCUUGCACACAUUCUUCGUCGGCCCAUUAUCGUCUACGGAGUGAAGUAUUACAAAAGUUUCCGUGGCGAGACGCUGGGGUACACCCGUUUUCAAGGCGUGUACCUGCCUCUCCUGUGGGAGCAGAGCUUCUGCUGGAAGAGCCCCAUCGCUCUGGGCUACACUCGUGGCCACUUCUCGGCGCUGGUGGCCAUGGAGAACGACGGCUUUGACAAUCGCGGCGCGGGCGCCAACCUCAACACGGACGACGACGUGACCGUCACCUUCCUGCCGCUGGUCGACAGCGAGAGGAAGCUGCUUCACAUUCACUUCCUCUCGGCGCAGGAAAUGGGGAAUGAGGAGCAGCAGGAGAAGCUGCUGAGGGAGUGGCUGGACUGCUGCGUGACCGACGGGGGCGUCCUGGUGGCUCUUCAGAAGAGCUCGCGCCGCCGCAACCACCCGCUCGUCACCCAGAUGGUGGAGAAGUGGCUGGACGGCUACCGGCAGAUCCGGCCCUGCGCCUCUUUGUCUGACGGCGAAGAGGAGGAGGAGGAUGAGGACGAGUGAUUAAGCUGAGGCGGGGGGGGGGGGGGGG